UUUUUUCACUUCCGAUCUCUCCUUCAUACCCAAAAAAAUGGCUGCCAACAGUAUUCUACCAUUAUCAGUUCUUACAUUGGACCAAACACAGUUGCAUGACGUUAGUCGCCGUUCUGCCGAUUUUCAUCCAAGCAUUUGGGGUGACUAUUUCCUUUCUUAUUCUUCUCAGGCCAAGCUGGAAGUGGAUGCACCGGAAUGGCAAGAGCAUCAACAUCUGAGGGAAAAGGUGAAGAACAUGAUUAUGGAAGCCCAACACACCACUUCCCAAAAACUGGACUUGAUUAACAAGAUCCAACACUUAGGAGUGUGUUAUCAGUUUCAAAAGGAGAUUGAAGCUACCUUGCAACAAAUAUUUGAGGCCUACAACGAAUUCAAUGUCAAGGAAGAUGAGAAUGAUCUUUACAUUGUCUCACUGAAAUUUCGAUUACUCAGACAAGGAGGAUAUCCAAUAUCAAGUAAUGUGUUUGAAAAGUUCACGAACAGUGAAGGCAAGUUCAGUGAGUCAUUGAUCAACAAUGUGCCUGCAAUGUUGAGCUUGUACGAGGCGUCACAUCUCAGAGUGCAUGGUGAGAAGAUUUUGGAAGAAGCACUGACUUUUACCACUUCUCAUCUACAAUCCAUGCUGCCAAACUUGACUAGUCUUCUUAGAACAGAAGUCAGUGAAGCACUAAAGCAGCCAUUUUACAAAAGAAUAAGGAGAUUAGAAGCAAAAAGAUACAUAUCAAUUUAUGAAGUUGAUGAAACACAUGAUCCUAUGUUGUUGAAGUUAGCCAAACUGGACUUCAACAUGUUGCAGAAGGAACACAAAAGGGAGCUAGGUAUUUUCACAAGAUGGUGGAAAGACUUAGACGUUACAAAUAAUUUUCCGUUUGCAAGGGAUAGAUUGGUGGAAGGGUACUUUUGGACUUUAGGAAUAUACUUUGAACCACAAUAUUCUCUAGCAAGGAAAUUUUUCUUUAAAGUCAUCUCUAUGUCUUCAAUUAUUGAUGAUAUACAUGAUGUCUAUGGAACCCCUAACGAGCUCCAACUCUUCUCAGAUGCAAUCGAAAGAUGGGAUGCUACUGCUGUAAAUGAAUUACCAGAAUAUAUGAAAAUUUGCUACAUGGCUCUUCUUGAUGUAUAUGUUGAAAUGGAGAAAGAGUUAGCAGAGACAGGUGAAUUAUACCGUAUCGACUAUGCCAAAACAGAGAUGAAAAUUUUUGUGAGAACACAACUGAAAGAAAACAAAUGGCUUCGUGAUCGAUGUACUCCAAAGUUUGAGGAGUAUAUGAAGCUUGCAACUGAAACGUGCGGUUUAAGGUUGCUACUAACAACUUCUCUAGUGGGCAUGCAAGAAGAUUUUGUAACAAAAGAGGCUUUUGAUUGGGUGACUAAGGGGGCAUUAAUAGUUGAAGCUGCUUCCGUUAUUUGCAGAUUAAUGGAUGACAUAGCUGGACAUGAGUUUGAGCAACAAAGAGGUCACGUAGCAUCAUCUGUGGAAUGCUACAUGAAUGAAUAUAAGAAAUCCAAAGAAGAUACCUAUAAGGAGUUGCAAGAACGAGUCAUCAAUGCAUGGAAAGACAUUAAUCAAGAAUGUUUUAAACCUCUUUUUCCUAUGCCUAUACUCACUAGAGCCCUCAACUUCUCUAGAAUAAUGGAUACGCUAUAUGAUGAUGGAGAUUCAUACACACAUUCCAAAACCAAGAUGAAAGACUACAUUACCUCCUUGUUUGUUGAUCCAGUCCCAUAAAUUCCAAAAAAAGAAAGAAUAAUGAAUGAUCUUGAAUAUAUGUAUACGUUGUUGGUUGAUACAGUCUCAUAAAUUCAAAAAAGAUCGAAAGAAUAUAAUGUAUGAUCUUGAAUAUGAUGCCGUUAUGUUAUUGCUUGUAAUAUUAUGUUAUUGUUUCAUGUACAAUUAUGGUUUGAAAUAAAGGGGGACAUGUAUAAUGUAUUAUUGUCU